UUAUCAACAAAAAAAUGGAAUCAUAAAGCUCUAAUAGAUUGAAAAAGAGCUUAUAAAUCAUAAUUCAUAAAGCUAUGAAAAAUAGGGAAAAAAUAAUGGAGACCACAAAGCACUUUGUUUUGGUGCAUGGAGCUUCUCAUGGAGCUUGGUGCUGGUACAAGCUCGUAACCAUGCUCCGGUUAGCCGGCCACCGAGCCACCACUAUAGACCUCGGUGGCUGUGGGGUUAACCCUAAGCAACUAAAUGUUGAAGUUGUCUCCUUUUCUGAUUACAUGGAACCAUUAACGGAGUUCAUGGUCUCUCUUCCUCCAGAGGAGAAGAUUAUUUUAGUUGGUCAUAGCUUUGGUGGGUUCAGUAUUUCUUUUGCUAUGGAGAAAUUUGCUGAAAAAAUAUUGGUUGCAGUUUUUGUCACAGCUUAUAUGCCUAACUGUAUUAACCCACCAGCAACUCUCAUAAAUGAGUUUUUCAAGUGGAGCCCAUUGGAUUCCAUGUAUGAUUGCCAAGUCAACUUUGGCAAUGGUUCAGAAACCCGACCAACCUCCUCUUCUUUCGGGCCGGAGUUCUUGACCAAAAUGGUCUAUCUGAGAUGCCCAUCGGAGGAUUUGGAAUUAGGUAAAAUGCUGGUUAGACCGACAGGAAUAUUUAUGGAUGACCUGAGCAAGGAAUCUCAACUAACCGAAGCUAAAUUCGGUGCUUCUCCUAACCACGAAGACGACGUCGACAAAGAUGAGACCGACGAAGAUGAGACCGCUGCUGAGGAAGACUACCAUAAAGAAGACAACACGUUUGUUUUUGCUGCUCCUCGAAUUUUCCGUUCAUCGUCAUCAACGCUGCUGCUCCUUUUUGUUUCUUCGAAGAAGAAAAAAAAAACGAGCGGUUCAAAAACGGCGAUGAUUUAAUAGGCGAGACAUGGAAUUUCUGCAGCGGUGAUGGAAUUUCUUCUUCUGAUGAUGAGGUGCCGUGAUCGUGAUGUGAUUAUUUGUAUUGCUUUGAUUAAUGGGUAUGUGAAAUCUGGUCACAUUUUGAUUGCACAGUGACUGUUCGAUAAAAUGCCUGAGAGAAACUCUAUUUCUUGGAAUGCCAUGAUUUUUGGAAUUUUUGGGUAUGUUCAAGUUAGCUUGAUUUCUGGGAUUUCUGAGAUUCGAGUGUAUGCGAAGUUUGUUAGAUUGUACUGUAAAUUGAAGAGAAGAAGCAGUAGAUCUGGUGUUUCUUCUUUUUAUUAACUAAAAAUAAAUUAAUUAAAUCGUUAGUAAA